CACCGUCACCUCACCCCCUCACCACCUCCCGCCCUGCUUUUUUGACAUUUAAAAGUGCAAAGCGCUGAUAUUCAUGCUCACAGUCAGUUUCACAAGUACAGCGUGAACAGGCAAGGCGAAGGAUAAACCAUCAGCUUGCAUCCAUCAUCCGACUCAACAGCAACAUGUUUCUGUUGAAUAUUGGCAUCUAUGCCAGCCUCAUACUGUCCCUCCCUCAGUGUACCCAUCAAUCCUGCACAGAGGGGACACCCAGUCAGUGCAAAGAAGCAGAGUUUGCUCCAGGUACCAAUUUGGCCGGUGAAGGCUUUGAUAUCACCAAAAUGGAGCGUAAGGGAGCCUUUGUGCUCGACAUGAAUCAGUGGAAACACAAGGACAAAACAUGUACCCUGUGCAGCAACCCCUAUCUGGAGAACAAAAAGCAAAAGCUCCCGUUGUCAGUGGUGGACUGGAGACCAAAGCAGUCCUGCAGCAUGAAAGUGGCCAGUGCAGUCCACCGAUCCAGUGAGUCUCUGGUCACCUCCAGCUCCUCUUCUGUGGAUAACACCUGGCAGGCCAAUCUAGACGUUGAUGCGGGUAAAAAAGGCGGUUCAGUAAUGCUAGCUGGAGCUCAUUCUAAACUGGCUGAGUACUCUAUGGAAAAAACUAAGAGUGACAAGUUCAGCUUCACAAGCCAAAGCAUGUCCUGUGAGUACUACAGCUACCGAGUGUCCAGCACUGCCAAGUUGCACAGAGAAUUUCGAAAAGCAGUGAAACAGCUCCCCACAAUCUACAGCCCUGAAAACAAGCAACGAUUUUACAAACUGAUUGACAACUUCGGCACCCACUACGUCACCAAGGUGAAGUUGGGAGGAAGUGUUCAAUCUGUGACCAGCGUCAGGCAGUGCCAGGCCAGCCUGCAGGGCCUCAGUAUGGAGGAGGUGAACAUGUGCCUGGAAGCCGAGGCGUCCGCCAGCAUCAAGGCUACAAUCAAAACUCAAUCAAAACACUGCAACAAGGACAUCGACAAGAUGGAAGGCAAGACAUCCUUCUCCAGCCUCUUCAACGACAGGUUCACAGAAAUAAAGGGGGGCCAUACCACAGAGCCAGACCUUCUCUUCUCUGCUGACAAAAAUCCAUCAGCCUACAAAGAAUGGCUGAACACAAUCCCACAGAACCCAGACAUUGUCUCAUAUUCCCUGGACGCGCUUCACGAGUUACUGCCGACUAACACCGCUGUCCGGAAGAACCUGCGCUCGGCCAUUAGUCAUUACAUCCUGGAGAAAGGCUUGUGGAAGAACUGUAGUGAGCGCUGUCAGGCCGGCAUCAAGAGCGACCCGAGGGAUACCUGCGUCUGCCAAUGCCACAACGACCCCGGUGUUAACCAAGACUGCUGUCCGACCCGUAAGGGCAUAGCGCGGGUCAUCAUAACUGUACAACGGGCUGCUGGUCUUUGGGGAGACCACACCACAGCCACAGACGGCUACGUCAAGGUGUCCUUUAACGGGAUGAUGUUCCAGCGUUCUCAUGUCAUUUACAACAACAACUACCCCCACUGGGCCAUGGUCGUCGACCUGGGGCCACAGGAUUUGUCCUCAGGAAAUAAAGUGAGAUUUGAAGUGUGGGAUGAAGACAACAAAUGGGACGACGACCUGUUGGGCGCAUGUGAGCAAGUUCUGACUGCUGGAGUCAAGGAGGAUCUCUGUAACCUGCAACAUGGCCAGCUGUUCUACAAACUGGAGGUGAAAUGUGCUCCGAGUCUGAGCGGAGAUACAUGCACGGACUAUAAGGCCUCGCCUAUGAGUCAAAGUCUGAAGAAGCUGUAUGUGUCCCGCCAUGCUCAUCCUAUUCCAAAGGCCAUCCUGUUAGAGAUGGGUGUCUUUGUGGAUGAAACAAGCUCACAGAGAAACCAGAGUCUUACUGUCGAGACUCCAAAGUUGGAUGUGAUAUAACAUGAUUGGCUUUACUGAUGCUUACAUUACAUAGCAACAUUACUCUUUUUAUUAGGUGUAUCGAUGAGGUUAAUUGAAGCAAAAUGAUUUAUCCAUAACUGACAUCCCUAAAUCUCUACUGAUCAUAAAGAAUGAGAAGUCUGUUGGGGAAGAAUAUUUUAUGUAUUGACAAAAAGGCUGCAAAUCAAUUAUGGAAAAUGUUCCUAAUAUUUGGUAUUUUCAGUUUUUGUUCAGUUUAAUGUAAAUUUAAGUCUGCAGUUUACAGUUUCUGUAUACAUGUUUGACAGAAGAGUAUUGUUAAACAAAGCUCUCAGAAAUCAACAUCAGCAAAAGAUCGAAAUGACUGAAAUGUAUUGCUAAAAUGUUUAAAAUAUAUUCAAAAUGUGAACAACAGCAUAAGCAGAGAUGAUACUUCUAUUGUUUUUAUAUACUGUAUCUGUGUAUUUGUAUCAUAUAGUACCCAUUAUACUGGACUUGUCUUUCACAGCAUAUGCAGUAAAUCAUCAAAAAGUUCUUGCAGCUGUCAAAAUGUGAAUUUGAUUCAAUACAGCAUUUACUUCUAAACUUAUUUAUACCUUAUGUUUGACAUGCUUUUAUAUAAAAAAGAAUGUUUGCAGAUUGUGCAAUUUUUGUGUAGCAUUUUAAUAUAUAUACAAACAUUUAUAUCAUGUACCAGUGUGUUUUAUGUAUUUUAAUCACGUCAUGAAUUUGUGUGUUUUUAUUUACAUAUUGUUUGUUUUUCAAGAAUAAAAGCAUAAUAUUUGAACUGCU